GUUUUCUUUUAGACUGGGUCCAAGGAAGUUUUGAAAUACAGCCCGGAUUUAUCCUUCAUAUGAAAUUGGUUUGCUCCUGGCCAGGAUUGUCCCCGUUUUGUCCCCAGCUGAGCACUCUGUGCCCAUGGUGCCUGCAGGGGGUGGCUGAGCAGGGCCAUGCAUCAUCUCUUCGGGCUGGUUUUGGCACAGAAGGACCUGUCCCGGGCAGGGGAUCUCUUUUCCCUGGAGGAUGCUGAGAUCGAAGGAAGCCUCUCCGAAGCUCUUGAACAGAUCAGAAUUAUUAGUUCAGCUGCAGACUACCAGACCAAUGACAACGACCAGGCUGUGGUGGAGAUCUGCAUCACCCGCAUCACCACGGCCAUCAGGGAGACUGCAUCCAUUGAAAAGCACGGCAAAGCCCUGGUGGCUCUCUGGGAGUCCUGUCUGGAGCACAACCUGAAACCCUCUGGCAAAGAUGAGGAUGCCCCACAUGCCAAAAUUGCAUCUGACAUCAUGAGCUGCAUCCUGCAGAAUUACAACCGGCCUCCAGUGAUGGCCUUGGCUGUGCCAGUGGCAGUGAAAUUCCUGCAGAGGGGCAAUAAGGAGCUGUGCAGGAACAUGUCCAGUUACCUGUCCUUGGCUGCCAUUGCCAAGGCAGAGCUGCUGGCUGAGCACACAGAAACCAUCCUCAGGAGUGUCCUUCAAGGGAACUCCAUGCUGCUCCGGGUGCUGCCCGCGCUCUACGAGAAGCGGCCGCAGCCGAUCCACGCCCGCCUGCGGGACCUGGUGGCACCCAUGGCCCAGCUGGACCCUCCUGAGCAGCUCCACAUCCUCAGGCUCCUGCACACCGUGGCCAGGAAGAGACAACUGGGGGUGCUGAAAGAGUGUUUGCCAUUUUUAUUUGGACACCUGAGGGACCCCAACCACAGCGAGGUGAUUCUAAACAUCCUUCUGGAAAUAUCCAACUACGAACCUGCAGCCUUGGCCCCUUUCCUUCCCACACUGAGGGAAACUGGGGAGAGUUUUCCCACUUUGAUUGGGCAGACAGCAAAGAUCUUUGGAGCUGUUGGACAUCUCGAUGAGGAGCGAGCCAGAACGUCCCUGCUGUAUCUGGUGAACCAGCUGGCCAACAUGGAGCACUCCUUUCACCACAUCCUCCUGCUGGAGAUCAAGAGCCUCACCGACAGCUUCCCGAGCAUCCUGGGCACCCAGAGCAGGGACAUUUAUCGCAUGAGCAACAGCUUCUCUGCCAUUGCCAGGCUGCUGGCGCGGCAGCUGGACCGCGACGGCGGAGCGGCAGCCAGGGUGGAAAACGACCCUGAGGCAGAAUGUCCUGUACCCCUGGAUGAUUUAAAAUCUGUCGUGAAUGGCAGUGAAGAAGAUGAAAAGCUGCAAGUUAAAAUCCAGGCUUUUGAAGAGAAAAUAAAUGUGGACAACAGCACCCCUGGCUCAGUGAGGAGAUACAGCCUGGGCCAGGUUUCUAAAGAAGAGAGGAAGGAUAUGAGGUUUAACAGGUCCAAGAGCCUGGCCCUGCACGCGCUCCGGAUGAAAGGGCUGAGCUCAGAGGGAGGGCAAGACGAGGAAAACGGGGACAUCCCUGCUGGAAUCUCCUUCUCUGAGCUCUACCUCAGCCAGGAACUCCAGAAAGUGCCUUUUGAGCUCCACCCCGGAGCAGUGCACGUGGGGAACUCCUCGGUUUCACACCCAAGUGUUGAUUGCCCCCAGCCAGCCAAAGUGCCAGAGCUGAGCCUGGAAAAGGCCGUGCAGGGAAGGGCAGAGGCAGCCAUGGGCACUGUGGAAUACCAGGACAAGCUGUACCUGCACCUGAAGGAAAACCUGGGCAAAGUCAAAGAGUUUGUGAUGGAGAUGGGGAGGAGGAUUCCCAUCCCUGACCAGUGUGUGAUCGAAGACACUGUUCAAAGCUGUGUGGCAAAGCUGUUCUUCAGCUGUCCCCUGAAGGGCCACUACUGCCUGUACAGCAAAUGCAGUUUCACCCUGGUGAGCCAGCAGCCUCCUCUCUGGAUCCACAUCAUGUUCCUGUUCCAGCAGAGCCUGUUUGCAGAACCUUUGUCCAUACAAAGCAGCUCAGUGCAAGUCCUCAAGGCCCUGUGGGAGCAGACCCAGCUCAAGGGGAUGCACAGCUUUGAGACUGCCAUGAUCCAGUCCACCUUCCCACACCAGAAGGACCUGGAGAAGGUUCAGAUGCACCUGGAAGAAGUGAGGUUCUUUGAUUUAUUUGGCUACAGCGAGGAGGCAGGAGCCUGGCAGUGCUUCAUGUGCAACAACCCUGAGAAGGCAACAGGUGUGAACCAGGACGGGCAGCCCCUGAUGGAGGGCAAGCUGAAGGAGAAGCAGGUGCGCUGGAAGUUCAUCAAGAGGUGGAAAACGCGUUACUUCACCCUGGCUGGCAACCAGCUGCUGUUCCGCAGAGGCAAAUCCAAGGACGACCCCGACGAGAGCCCCAUCGAGCUGAGCAAGGUGCAGAGCGUCAAAGUGGUGGCCAAGAAGCGGCGGGACCGGAGCUUGCCACGGGCCUUCGAGAUCUUCACGGACAGCAGGAGCUACGUCCUCAAGGCCAGGGAUGAGAAGAACGCCGAGGAGUGGCUGCAGUGCCUCAACGUGGCCGUGGCGCAGGCCCGCGAGCGCCAGAGCCGCGAGGCCACCACCUACCUGUAG